AUGGCAGAAAAAUCCCAAGUACUUUCUGAAUUUAAUGGGCAAAGGACAAAAGACUCUAAAAUGGUGAUAGUGUACCUCUCUAAAUCUACAACUGUUAUUCCUUUGAAGGCCUUUAUCCCACCAUCUUUUUUUGGGCAGAAAAGAAAUAAAAAAUCGACUUCAAAAGUAACCAUGCGGAUCCCAUAUAGCACUCGCUGGUGCUUAAUAUUCUUCAUCUUCAUGAAUUUUCCAGCCCUUCUUUCCUCUGUUGAAAGCAAAAUCACCGCUCCAAAAGCGGAGGACUCAUUUCUGGUCAGAUUAGGAAAAUGGAAAAUGCGGAUUGCAGAGGCCAAAUGCCUACACCGAAUGGAAAAGCUGCCCCCAUACCAAGGAGAAGGUCUGUAUUGUGAUCGCAUGUGGGAUGGAUGGCUGUGCUGGGAUGACACACCGGCUGGAAAAACAGUCACUAAGCAAUGCCCAGAUUAUUUUCCCGACUUCGAUACAACAGAGGUGGCUGUAAAACACUGUGAAAUAAAUGGAACUUGGGAACUAACUGCUGACAUGAAUGAAACCUUGACUAACUACAGUAUGUGUUACGCUUUCUCUGAUGAAAAAAUGAAGCAUGCUUACAUGAUGUUCUACUUGGCCGUUGUGGGACACUCUGUUUCUCUUCUCACCUUGACAAGUUCGCUGGGGGUUUUCCUGCGUUUCAGGAAUCUUGCCUGCCAACGGGUUACCAUGCAUAAGCACAUGUUUCUGACUUACAUUCUGAAUUCUAUUGGUGUCCUCGUCCACCUAACCCAAGUGGUCCCCAAAAUUGAGUACGUGAACUCGGAUCCGCUGAGCUGCAAGAUUCUGAAUUGUAUCAACCAUUACUUGAUGUUAUGCAAUUAUUUCUGGAUGCUCUGUGAAGGGAUCUAUCUGCACAAACUCCUUGUGGUGAACGUGUUCAAUGGGGAACAAAACAUGAAGUGGUAUUAUCUCUUGGGCUGGGGGUUCCCGGUGGUGCCGACUAUAACCCAUGCUAUUGCCAGGCUGAAGCGCUUCAAUGACAGCUGCUGGAUGAGUGUGGAAACCUAUCUGGUUUACAUCAUCCACGGCCCUAUCAUGGCAGCACUGACGGUCAACUUCUUCUUUCUGCUCAACAUCCUCCGUGUGCUCGUGAAGAAGAUUAAGAAUGACCGUCAGCAUGACGGCAGACGGUAUCUGAAGGCAGUGAAGGCCACUAUGUUCCUGGUGCCCCUGCUGGGAAUCCAGUUUGUGAUCUUACCCUGGAGGCCUCACACCAAGAUUCCUGCCCGAGUCUAUGACUACGUGAUGCACUUUCUGAGUCAUUUCCAGGGAUUCUUCGUUUCGAUGAUUUACUGCUUCUACAACACCACCGUCCAAGAAGCCCUGACACGCCGUUUGCAACUGUGCAAAAUCCGCUGGGAGCAGCGCAACGGAUACGCCAACCGCCGGCAGAAAUACAAUAUUAUGCUGGCAGCUCUGGCUGCAGCUGCGGCUGCAACCAAUGCUGAUCCUGGUGAUAUCCCCGUGUGCAUCUGCCACCGAGAGCCGAGGAACCACGCAGCUGCCAACAACCUGGAGGGGAACAACAAUGACGUCGAAUACGAAGUUGAAGCCGAAAUCAACCUGGGCGAGGAGAUUCAUGAGAUCAUCCCAUUGGAAAUCUUAGAGCAGGAGUCAUGCGCUUAAAUGUAAAGCAAAUACAGCAUCAUGAUCUCUGAGGCUUCACAUCCUGGGAGAAAGUCCACCCAUGCUUUUAAAGUGAUCACCAUCCUCCCAGGAGUCAGAUAUAUCAUUUGUGAAGAAUUGUUAAGUGAUUUUAUCCAUAGUGAAUCUGAAGA